AUGGCUGUAACUAAUUCGUUGAAUCUUAGGAGUCCAGCUGUAAAACGGCUUCUUCAAGAAGCCCGCGAAUUACAACGUGACCAAUCAAUAGACUAUGUAGCGAAUCCCUUAGAGGAUAACAUCUUUGAAUGGCAUUUUGUAAUUCGUGGACCUGAUAAUACUGAAUUUGAAGGUGGGAGGUAUCAUGGGCGUAUCAUAUUUCCCUCGGAAUAUCCAUUCAAACCGCCAAAUUUGAUGCUUCUGACACCAAACGGACGAUUUGAAUUAAACAAAAAAAUCUGCUUAAGCAUUACUGGAUAUCACCCGGAAUACUGGCUUCCAGCUUGGGGAGUUCGUACUGUUCUUUUAGGUUUAAUUGGAUUUAUGACUACAAAGUCUAAUGGUGCAAUCGGAGGAAUUGAUUACACUGAAUCAGAAAGAAAAAGAUUAGCAGUAAAUCGAGAUGAUGCAAAACAAGAAAGUGAAGGUUCUACAAAUUUAUCUGCUAAUACUGGUACUAAUAUUCCACAAUUUUCAUUUAAAUAUGAAGACAAAGAUGAUAAGAAUGGCAUUGAAAAUGGUGAUUCAACGAGCGAAUCUAGCUUAACAGCUAAAUCAUCAUCAUCAUAUGAUUUUGGCAAUAACAGUGUUAAUGAUUCUAAAGCCGGAGUAAUUGACUUAAACACAAAAAUUGACGAAACAGGCACCACUGCAAUUACCGCUUCCUCAUCCUCCUCCUGCAUCGACCUU